UUGGGCUCCCCCGCCUACAUCUCAAUCAAGGCCAUUGAAAGUCCCAACAAAGAUGAUGACACUCAGUGGCUGACUUACUGGGUUGUGUAUGGCAUUUUCAGCAUAGUGGAGUUCUUCUCUGAUAUCUUUCUGUCCUGGUUCCCUUUCUACUACAUGCUAAAGUGUGGCUUCCUGUUGUGGUGUAUGGCUCCAAGUCCCUCUAAUGGGGCAGAAUUUCUCUAUCGUCGAAUUAUCAAGCCUUUCUUCCUGAAGCAUGAAGCUCAGCUCGACAGUGUUGUAAAAGACCUGAAAGACAAGGCUGCAGAGACUGCCGACACCAUCACUAAAGAAGCCAAGAAAGCAACAGUGAACCUACUGGGUGAAGAAAAGAAGAGCACUUAAACUGUUAACUGGAUAAAGUUUCCCUACCACCUCCUUUAUGAAGCUUGAUGUUACUGGGAACUGUGGUAUAAUUUUAAUAAUACUGCCUUGGAAACAUUUUGAUAUACUAAAGGAAUGUGUUGCAAGUUUGCUUACUACUUUGAUGUGUCUGUAUAGAAAGUCACAUUUUUAUUUAAAAGCAAUGCAGUGGGCAGCAUCUGAAGCUUAAUGAAAAUAUUUUAUUCAUCUUCAUGCAGAAGAAGUCUUUCAGUAAUCUCUUUCUGCAGUAACAUAAAUAAAAAGCAUAUAUCCCAUAGGCUCUGCACUUUAGUUGUCUCAUUGUAUAUGUAAUUACUCUUAAUGCUUUGGCUGUGGUGCGUCUGGUAACAUGAAGCGAUUGUGUAAGGAAAAUACUAGUCUGAACAGAUCUUCUUGAAUGUACAGGGAAUUACUGUGAGAGGCGGCAUAACGGAUGUAUUCCCCACUAGUAAAGUUGUAGAUGAUGAAAUUACAUGUUCCAGGUACCUGAUGGUAGAGAUCAUUCACUGUUGCAUGUGUCAUUGCAUCACAGUAUUUGGUACAGUGUGUGUAUUCGUAAUAGAUACUAAAUACAGGAAAGAGUAACUUCGUUCAAGUGAUCAAGCUUAUACUAGCUUGAAGUAACUUGCCAGAAACGGAUGCGUUAAAUUGCACAAGAUUAGCACAAGAUCACUGAAGUACAGCAAGUUGCCUCUUCUUGCUAAAUAAAGUUGUCAUCUAGAGUUGUUAGUCGCGUGCCUUUUAAGAUCACACGCAAAAGCACAAACCACCUUUCGCUAAGGAGUGGCAAUUGCAACCAUUACAAACACUUCUUCCUAAAGUCCUGUUGCAGUGCUUACUGCCUUGGGUGUCAGUCCCUAGAACUACAUCAUUCAUGGGGUGGACCACAACCUCCCAUGAGCUUUUUCUGCUCAUAGAAAUCCGCAUCUCUUCUGACUGCUAGGAACAGCUCUGCACAAGCACUGAAACUUCCAAAUAGAGAUGCUGUUGUCGUUACCUGAUCUAUUCCUGACCAAUCUGUAAGAAUGCAGCCAAAGUCAUUAAGAGCAUAAAGGCUUUUUUGCAACCAGUGAAAAGAAUAUAUAUAUUUUUUUUUUUUUAAGAUCUGAAUGUCUAUUUAAUUUUUCACACCACAGUAUUUUCAGCAAAUUCAGCAUGAAUUACUGAAAUCUCCCCUUUCUCACCGCGCUGACGUUUCUUUAAAGCCCACAGUAAUGCUAUGACAGUUCUUAACUUGCAGAACGCGCGGAGGGUAAGCUUAAGCUUUUGAUACAAAAAAAAGUGAUUUGAAUUGAAGAAUGUGGAGCAGAAAAGAUUUGAUCUUAAAAUAGACUUCUGAAGGCCUUUGGCUUUCCGCAACAAGUUGGUAUAUAAACCAUUCAUUGUAAAUUUUCAGACGCAAGAACUGCAAAAGAAGGAAGCACACAGUGCAACUCAGCAGGUCUGUUUUGAGAGCGAUGUAUUGUAAGAAGAGAUGUAAAAGUGUCCUAAGCAAAAGCAUUUUAAGCUGGAAAACACCACGGCCCUUAGGGCUGGUAACUUGGGUAGGGAAGCGUGAGACCCACUGCAUGUUGGUUUCUGUCGGGCACAUGCAGUUUGUGGUUCGGAGGACAGGGUGUAAAAUACCACAGCUAAUCAUUCCGUGGCAACUUUUGAGUGGGUGAGCUGAAGGGGAUAAAGUUUACAGCAAAGUUGCAGGUGUAAGCGAUGAAAAAGUGUGAGGUGACUCACCACUCACACAGUUUAAGUUCUUGUCCUGCCUUCCUCUGUCUUGCACCCGCUGAACUUUGCUGUAAGCCGUGCUGCAUCCUAGCGCCAUGCUCUAAACACUGUCAGCCGUGUAUAUGGCAGGCAUGCAGCCAGUAUAAUUUUGCUUCACCGCUUGGAAGAGCAAGUAAUAAAUAAAUAAAGAUACUUAGUAGUCUGUUUGAUUUAGGUACAAUGUACUGCGUAAGUUACUUCUCUCAAGGCUGCUGAUAAAUCUCAGACUUCCCAAGCCUAAUGAGGUCUGUAGUAGAGGCAGAACUUAUUUUUAAUUUCUCAUUCUACUCCACAGUUCUUCCACUGUUAUUAAUGGGGAUAAAAGAUUUUCUAGGUGAGUGUGAAAACACUCCCUUCUAUCUCUCUUGGAACUUAACAGCUAGGCUUUAAAUCAACUUCUUGUCUUUACAACUUGGUGUUUAUUGACCAGCAGCUAAAUUCAGUGCUCUGUUAGUCAGGUUUCUACUAGACCUGGAACUACCAUCUGUUUGUUAACAGAGCUUGAUCUUGCCGUUUGCCUUGAUGAACGUAGAAGUGACUGAAUUUCUGCAGCAAGUUGUCUUUUCCUGCAAGUGACUCCACUGGGUAAAGUCUUCUUCACCACAUCUGUGUGCAAAUGUUACACGCAUCUACUCUGUGUCUGUGCUGAAGUUGUAAUGUGCGAAAUAAAACCAGAUUCAAAU